AUGGAGGGCAUCGGUGUUUCUGUGGGUGUCUGGGUUGGCACCACUGUCCGUGAGUACUCUCCGGACAUGAAUUUCUGUGGAGAGUCCGGUGUCCGUGUCGAUGCACCAUCGGCUUCCACUUUCGCUGCUUUCAUCGCGAACCCUGCUGCUGCCACUUCAGCUGGCGCUUCCGCUGCCCCCGCCUCCACGGUGUCACCUCCCGAACCAUCCUGGCAACCAAUGGCAAUUGUUGCAGCACAGGCACCGCAGAUAGUGGCCACAUAUGAGGGGAGAUUGAAUCCUGCUGACGCCAGCAACCCUGACGACCAGCGACAUUUUUUUCGGAGGGGGCAGGUCCGCUUUGAGCUGGCGUGA